UGUGAGCUCAGUCAGAGCAAAGCAGCAACUGAGACCAGAAGUACAGGGAGUGCAGAGGCAGAAAGGGACCUACCACACAACAAGUCACUGCUGUCUGACGUGAAAGUUCCACGUGGCCUUGGACUUGAUGACAUGCUGGCACAUGAGUUGUGUCAGACAGAAGCAGAAGAGUAACCUGUAGAGUUUUAUGUUUUAUUAUAUCAGUGAGGAGAAAAGGAAAAACUGGACCUUCUUCAUCUACUCUUGGGCUUAGUUCACUCUGCAUCCCUUGCGCAGGGUUUGCGGACAGACAGUUGAACCCUGAAGCGCAUCUUCUGAUGAGAGCCCAUUGUUUGUGGAUCUUGCGGCUUUUUCAGCAGCCACACGACUCUGCCGGAGACUGGAUCCACUGCACAGCGUGAGAAACAGCAGGAGAGAGCGGGGGGUGGGAAAGAGAAUAUUGCUAUCCAUCCCUAGCCCCCACAGCCCACCCUCAGCUUUGGACGCCCCUCCUCACUGCCUCUUCUUUCCCCCCCCUGAUCCCCCCACCCACACCCCUCUACACCUCACCCACCAACAGAGCAGAAAGCGUGAACAAUCUCACUAAUGGGUUUAUUUGCUGUCAGAUCUGCGCCGAUCUGUCAUUCCCUUGGACCUUUCUGCUUGACACAUUUCAUAGUUGAGUAAGCCUCCUAGCUCUCUGGCUAGAGUUAACAGUGCCCCUGCAACGUUGCGCUGGCUGAGAGCUCAUCAAGAGAGGAGCAACGGCGGCAGCAGUCAGACUGAUAGUCUCUUGGACAGGGAGUCCCUGAAGCUGCAUUCCUCCAGUCUCCUUCCCCCCGUUGGAACUUUGUGUUUGUGAGCCUUGUGGGCAUCCCCCGUUUCUGUCUAAUCCUUCACGGCUGAGUCCUCCACAGAAGAUCCAGGCUGUUUCUGCAGGGAUUCUGGUGCUGAUUUGAAAACCAGGGUGAAGAUGCGGUGUGGGGCUGGGCCUCUGGCCGUGGUGGCUGCAGUGUUUUGGACUCAGUGUGUCCUCCUGGAUGGGGUGGAUGCCAAGAAGGAGAGAAAGAAGCCAAAGGAGGGCACCCCACAACACACAGAGACCUACAAUGCUACUUUUUCCAACAGUGAAGAGGUCGGUGGAAGCGUCACGGUUUCUGACAACCAGCGAGUGGAUCCAUUGGGAUCAUGGAUGGACUUUGUCAAAAGACCGGUUGGCAACUUCCCUGGAAAGUGUCGCAAACGCAAACGACCCCUGCCGGGCCCACCUGGUCCCCCAGGUCCUCCUGGCCCCCAGGGACCUCCUGGGUCUCCUGGAGCUGAAGUGACCCAAGAAGUUCUUCUCCAGGACUUCAAAGACAUGAUUAAAGAGGCUACAGAGAGGAGAACAGCAGCUUUGGAGAGACAAACCAGCCCCAGCCAGCUACCUACAGCUCUCCUCACCCUGGAGGGGACCUCCUACCGGCGAAUAGAGGAGGCUUUCCACUGCAAGCUCAAGGGACCUGUGGUGGUCGACAAGAAGACUCUGGUGGAGCUCCAGAACUUUCAGACACCACCAGCCAAAGGAGCUUUCCUCAGAGGGUCAGGAAUGGACCAGUCCACUGGAAGAUUCACAGCUCCCAUCACUGGGAUCUACCAGUUCUCUGCUAAUGUCCACAUUGACCACAAUGAGGUGAAGAGGAGCAAGAGUCAGCUAAAGGCCAGAGACAAUGUUCGGGUGCUGAUCUGCAUCGAAUCACUCUGCCACAGAUACACCUCACUGGAGAUGAUUGUUGGAUUAGAAAGUAACAGCAAGAUAUUCACUGUCAGCGUGCAGGGCCUACUGGAGCUACAGGCCGGGCAGUACACCUCCAUAUUUGUGGAUAACGCAGCAGGCGCUUCCAUCACAAUACAGAACGGGUCCGAUUUUAUGGGUAUGCUGCUUGGUGUAUAGCCUCACUCAUGAGCAGGGUAUCGUCCAAGCCAUCCACUGCUGCAGUUUUCUUUUCUUUUUUAUCCAAUGGACUGCUUUUGAGCACCAUCACACAUCAUCAAACCACAGAGGAGAUUUAAAGGAAGGAAAUGAGGCUGACAUGGACUUGACCGCUUGUCGGAUGGUGAAGGGACAGUGUGAAGAACUCAAGGACUGAGUUUUGUUUUUCACAGUGCAUCACUGACACUUCCCGUAAGAACUUGGAUGCCUGUUGCUUCACCGAAAAAAGAAAUACCCCCACAAAAAAACAGUGAAUAUGUCUGUUACAGUGUGUUUGUUGGAGUUCGUUGAAGACCUUUUGCGGGAAACCAAAUAUCAAUGUUUUUAAUGUUCUCUGGAUAGACAUUGGAAGACGUUUGAUGUACACUGACAUGUUGAUGUUUUCAGUCUACAUGAUGUAUUAUGUACACACUCAUUAACUAUAGUUGUAUUUUUAUCAUGGAUUGAAUCUCACAUUUAUAUAUGGUAUAUGGUACAUAGACUGUGAGUACACUGGACAAUGGAAAUAUGCUCAAUAGACAGAAUACAAGCCACAAGAUCUUGUCCCACUUAUAUAAUGACAUGUUUCGUAACGCAACUAUUUGCAUAUUUUCGCCAUGCUAGCGGCGUAGCAGUGUCGGACGUUGGGCCCACCAUUUUGGUUCAGACCAAAGUCUCUCAAGAACUUUUUAAUGAAUUUCCAAGACAUUUUGCAUGGACUUUCAUGGUCCCAUGAGAAUAAAUGCUCCUGACUUUGGUGAUCCACUUUCGUGUUUCCUCACCAUGAGGUUGACAUUUGUGAUUUUUAGCGAAAUAUUGUAAUUGUUGGAUGGAUUGGCUUCAAAGUCGCUACGCACAUUCAUGUCUCCCUCAGGAAGAUAUAUAACUGAUGUUAGCAUGCUGAUACAAGAUGGUAAACAUUUUACCUGCUUAACAUCAGCAUGUUAGCAUUGCACAUUGUGAGCAUAUUAGCACGCUGGUCAGAAUCAGCUUUUCAUGUAUGUGUGCACAUACAUGGAAUUUGACUCCGGUUACACGUACGCUCUCAUCGUACAUAGGCCUACAUGUAAUAUACAAAUAACAAGAUAAAUAUAAAAAUACAUUAAAGUGAACAGAGUAGCAACAUUAACAUUUAACAAGUACCUCAAAUAUAAAAACAAUGACAAUGAAUUGAUGUAAGGAUUUAAGAACCAUUGUCCCGUAUAGAGCCGCUAGCAUGGCUGUAGACUAUAAAGGCAAAUUCACAUGACAACAGAAGAACAAGGGUCUCGCGGUCCGCGUUGGUCGGUACAACAAUGAACACUCCGUGACUCCCAUUGGUGCUGUACAGGUUCUUAGCCAGAUGUAAACCUUCAACACUUUUCAAGCCAUUUAAGAUAAUAGAAUACCUAAAAGUCUGUACAUUAUUUUGGGGAAAACCCAAUAGCUGCCAAAGAAAAAAAACAAAAGGAAUUUGGUCUUUCAGGUCCAGCAGUGGUUCACAGCGAUCGGCUUCGCCCACAACUUUCUGCAAACCGCAGACAUCCUCACAGAGCUUUCACAACACACCACAAUAAUGGAGGAGGCGCGUGCCAAAGCUGUUUUUCCACGAUAAUGUGAAUAUACCUUUUAGUCUUGUUAAAAUUUGCCAGACAAAUUGAGAUCCACCUUUUAACCAAGGAUAACUUCUUUUUUUUAACUGUAAGAUUAUUUUUACAGUCGGAUUUGUGUUUUCAUUUAUUAUCUGUUUAUUAUUUACUGUAUUUUAUUAUUUUCUUGAUAGAUGUUUGUAAUUUAUAAUAAAUACUACACCAGUAACAUUGGAAAGCAUUGAAAUUGUAUAUGGUAUUUAUGUUUGAGGAAAUGUACGAAUCACUUGUUGAUUGACACUCUUGUGGACUCUUGUGAAACCACAGAUUAUUGCAAAGAUACAAUUAUAUCUUUUGCUAUUUUUCUAUUACCCAUACUAUGCUGUAAUUUGUAAUAACACUUUUUUAAAGUUGC